AAAUCUGAGGCCCCAAACACAGCUCAACUGACGCUUUAUGUACUACAACUUGGCACUGACACUCUUCUACAGUUGAAGAUAGAAAUUUGGUUCCGAAACCUCUAACAGCCGCGAAAGAGAGCGAGGCAAAUGAAAACGAAAAUGAGUUGAUUUUUCUUCUGUGGGCCACGAUUUUAGAUGCGGCUUAGGAUACUUCUAAUUGAUAUGUUCCAGGGUAGGUAUGCCAUAAAUUUAUAUAUUGGGCUGAGCGGAAGGGUCGAUAUUUGCCGCUUGUCGUCGAGCCUAAUGAAGAAAUAAAUUUUAGACAUAGCCGCGGUUCCUGGAUAUUAUGAGAGCGUAUAUAUUAUAAUUUGCAUUGGAACCGGUUUGUGCCUGAUGUGAUGUGUAGCAUGUGAAUGACUACUUGGGGUCUGGACAGAAAUAACUCGGCGAGAGUUUCUACCUGGCUGACUCCGGAGCCCACUACGUCUGAACCGUGACAAGAACCGCCGUUAGUCAGUCUGCCUGUCGCUCGGUCCCGGCGUACAGUCCAUCCGCGACACUCCCUCUCAACAUUGUCACAACUGACCCCCUUUUUCUGUGUUGACAAGAGGAUUAAUUCGGGUCAAAACAGUCACACCCCGGGGCAUUCAGGUGCUAAGAGCACAACAAAACCAGAAAAAUGUUAGACAAUGAUGAUUUGACAACAGGCAUGGUGGGGCGCCGCGCCCUCUCCAAAGAGGGUCACGCAGCCAUUUCUAUGAGGGGUGGGGACGACAGGUGGAUUCAAAUCCAGAAAAACACCUUCACGAACUGGGUCAAUGAGCAGCUGAGAGAAAAGGACAGUCAUGUUGAUGACUUACAGUAUGAUUUCAUGGAUGGUACAAGAUUGUGUUACCUAGUGGAGAGCUUACAGGGGAAAAGGGUGAAAGGAAAAGUUGUGCAGAACCCUCAGAAUCAGCAUCAGAUGAUCCACAACGCAGCAAUGGCGCUUACGGCCAUUGCAGACGACAACGUCAAGCUCGUCAACAUCGGUCCAGAAGAUAUCGUUAAUGGAAACCUCAAAUUGAUACUAGGACUGAUAUGGCACCUGAUUCUUCGCUACCAGAUCGGCAAAACAAAGUUCCCACCCAAGAAGUUGAUGUUGGCAUGGUUACAGGCGGUUAUCCCAGAAUGCCAAGUUGGGAACUUUACUCGAGACUGGAAUGAUGGCGUGGCUCUUCAUGCCCUACUGGACUAUUGUAAGCCAGGUCUGGCUCCCAACUGGAGGCAGUUGAACAGGAAUAACAAGGUAGAGAAUUGUCGUAAUGCCAUGCAGCUGGCCAAACAGCACUUUGAUAUUCCGCUGGUUUUAAGACCAGAGGAUCUAUCAAGCCCUGAUUUGGACGAGCUGUCAGGUAUGACCUACCUGUCCUACUACAUGAAGUACAACUCUCCGGGUUACAAGGCCACGCUUAACUGGGUGCGGAACGCCAUCCCCGAGGCCGACGUCAACAACUUCACUACUGACUGGAAUGAUGGACGGGCACUGUGUAAACUGGUCAGAAAAAUGGGGGGCAGUUCUCCUGCUAACCCCCAGGGCACACCUGUUGAGAACCUGCAGGCAGGUAUUGAUGCAGGUAAGCGCCUGGGUGUAGAUCCCAUCCUGUCCGCUAAAGAGUUAUCAGAGGCAUCUGAGGAACAUCUGGGUAUGAUGGCGUACGCCGCAAGUUUCACACACCUUAAACCUUCAAAACCUCCAUCAGAAAAGGUUGCUCUUAGCGGAGACUUUAACAACAUCACGGUGGGAAGUGAGAAAAAUUUUGGGCUCCAAAUUCAAGAUGACAAAGUGAGAUCGUCAGAUAUAAAAGCAGUUCUGGAAGGUCCAAACUCAAAGAUACCGGUGAGAUUAGACUGGAGGGGGAACGCUGUGGAAGGCCAUUUUAAACCAAAGGAAGCGGGUAAACAUCGGCUUGUUGUCUACUGUCAGGAGGAGAUAAUCUCCAGCUGCCCUGUAAAUUUUAACGUCACUUCUGACCCAAGUCGUGUUGUCGUUCACAAAAUCGACAAAGCCUGUCUAGGAGUUGACACAUCAUCAGCUGGACAAGGGGAUGUAACGGUGGAAGCGACCUCACCCAGUGGAAAGCGAUUUGAACUGCCCCUGUCAGCCAGAAAUGGAAUGUUCCACUCAACUUUCACUCCUCAGGAAGCAGGAGAUUGGAAAAUCUCAGUGAUGUAUGCCAAUGAACAUGUGCGAGGCAGUCCUUACACGGUGAACGUCUACGACCCCAACGCUGUCAAGGUGUAUGGGCUGGAAGGGGGCGCAGUUGGGAAGGCCUUUAACUUCACAGCGGACUGCUCCCAGGCAGGGCAGGGUAACGUGGAAGUGAACGUCGUUCACAACGGGGUGAAUGUGCCAGCAAAGGUAAUUGAGGAGGGCUACGGAAUCUACAAGGUGGACUUUAUUCCCAAAGGGGCUGGUAUUUACAAGGUAGAGGUCAUGUUCAACGGGACAGAGGUCAAAGGUUCUCCUUAUACCCUGGAAAUCGUUGACUCCAACCUCGUGACCGCUAGUGGGGAGGGGCUUAGCCUCGUACCUGUCAACAAAGUCGCUGCUUUCAACGUUGACACAAAAGCUGCUGGUGGGGGCGAAGUCAAUGUGGAUGUUGUUGGUCAAAGUUCAAAGAUUGUAGGUCAUGGGGGUCAGACCAUCUAUGUGGUUAACAGGUCUGACUUACUGGAUGCAGCUGUAGCCAAAGCAGGCAGGACAACAAAAAUAAUGUUUAUUUCUGAAAGAAAAAUUCCCUAUUUAAGGAAUCAGUGCUGUUACAUGAUUAUUGUUGUUUUAUUACCUGGCUGUGAUGAUAAUGACCAACCUCCUCUUUCAGCUCCGUCAGGUAAAAAUUUACCUGUGAGAAUCGUCCGUGACACAGAUGAAUCUUACAGGGUGGAAUACACACCUGAAGAAAUAGGGGACCACUCCGUGAAGGUCCUAUACCAUGGACACCCAGUAAGGGGUCACCCUUUCCAGGUGAAAGUUUACGACACUGGCAAAGUCAUCGUUCACAAGAUGCCCAAAACCGUGGCCAUGGGACAACCCGUUAACUUUGAAAUUGAUGCUUCGGAGGCUGGGUCUGGGAACCUGGAGAUUAUGGUAAAUGGUGGACGUGUGCCUUGUCAAGUGGAAAACAAAGGAAAACGAAGAUUCCUCGCAUCAUUUGUGCCCGAAGACGCUACAAAUCACGUGGUAGAGAUGAAGUUUAAUCAGGUCCCAUUAGCAGGAAGUCCGUGGAAGGUGGGCGUGGUUGACCCGCGGAAGGUUGCCGUAAUGAACAAUAGCUCCAGCAAUCUCAAACAUGUGCCGAUGCACAAAGUUGUGUCGUUUUAUAUUGAAACUGAUGGAAUACCCUCCCAAGAAUUAGAUGUGGUUGUCAAAGCACCCAGUGGUAAGCCCGUCAGCAGUAGGCUGUUCCCAGAGGGUACCGGAUACAGGGUGGAAUACACACCCACUGAAGUCGGAACAUAUACAAUUCAAAUUUUCUUUGCUGGCUCCCCUGUGGCGGGCACUCCAUUCAGUGUUAAAUCCUAUGACAGUACAUCUAUCCAAGUCAGUGAAGUCCCAAAUGGCAUGGUGGGAAAGCCUGUGGACUUCUUCAUUGACGUGACAAAGGCUGGGGAAGGUCAGCUGGAGAUCAUGGUAAACAAUGGAAACCUGCCUAACACGGUCACGCAUCAACGACCAGGUGUCUACAAAGUCUCCUUCACACCUGUAGAGGCAGGCACUCAUUACGUGGAAAUUUUGUUUAAUGGAGAAAGGCUUCCAGGUUCUCCGUACACAUGUCAUGUGAUCGAUACGUCCAGAGUUAAUGUUGAAGUUCGUCGUUUAGUACCUGUACGUGAAUCCAGUCAUUUUGUGAUCCAGUCACAGUCCGUGUCCGGAUUUGACACGAGCGACCUUACCUGUGUUGUUGAGAUCACUUCACCAACUGGACGCAAAGUAAGCUCUCGUCUGAUUGGAUCGCUGCACUCUGGUACUUUCCGAGCCGAAUACAUGCCAAUGGAAGUAGGAACUCACAAAGUGAAUGUGAGUUUUGGAGGAAUCCCAGUAAAAGGCAGCCCGUUCCAGGUGAAGACAUACGACGCCAGCAGGGUGCGAGUCUCAGACCUUCCCAACCAAAGCAUGGUGGGAAUCCCUACGAAAUUUGAAGUUGAUGCCAGUGAGGCUGGUGAAGGUGCCCUGGAGGUUGUGAUAACAAAUAACGGGGUCAUCGUGCCCAGCCAAGCUCGCCCUAUAGGGGGAGGAGCUUGUGAGGUGGCAUUUAUGCCCCGCGAGUCAGGCAGACACCAAGUUCAGGUGCUGUAUAACAAGGAUAGAGUUCCAGGAAGUCCAUUUGUAAUGAACGUCUAUGACUCUAGCAAGAUAUCAGCAUCAGGGGAAGGCCUCAACAAUGUUCUCUGUCACCACCCCACUCAUUUCAACAUCCAUGGUGGUGGGGACGAAGGAGGAGACAUUGGUGUGAAGAUUAAAGGACCUGAUGGCCGUGACCUUCCUGUAAGGGUCAAGGAGAGUCCAGAUGGCUAUCGCGUUGAGUGGACACCAAAUUCUGUUGGUGAACACAAGGUGUACGUGUCCUAUGCUGAGAUGCAGCUGAAGGGCAGUCCCUUCACGCCCCGGGUGUAUGACCCUAGUGGUGUCAUUGUCAGACAUGAUGGCCAUGGAAAAAUAGGCAAACCCGUGGCUUUACAUUUGGAUGCCGCCAAGGCUGGAGCUGGGAACCUGGAGAUAUUUGUGACUAGUAAAGGCGAGACGGUCCCUAACUUUGUCAGACAGGAGGGGGAGGCAAAGUUUGAAGUGACCUUCACCCCCCAGACACCUGAGAAUCAUUUGGUGACUGUGAACUUCAACGGGGACCCGGUGCCAGGAAGUCCUUUUCAGUGUAAGAUCACAGACAGCAGCCGUGUACACGUGAGUGGUGACGGACUAAGACUGGUGCCGGCUAACAUCCCCACAUCAUUCAAAGUCGACCCUCAGACUACUGACCCUGCCUCCUGCAAUGUGGAAAUAAUUGGUCCGAGUGGUCGUCACAUCCCAGCCAGGGUCACAGGAGGUCGUGGGACCCCAUUCAGAGUGGAAUAUACCCCCACAGAAACUGGUCAGUACGCAGUUCAUGUAAUUUACGACGAUACAGAGGUCAAAGGUAGCCCGUUCUCCAGUGAUGUGUACAACCCAGAUCUGGUCAGGAUUACCCACAAGAGCAAGGCUUAUCUGAACAAGCCUGUCACCUGGGAAGUUGACACAUCCAAGGCUGGCCCAGGCUCUCUGGAUGUUGAUCUCAAGUGUCGAGGUGCAGUUGUCCGCAGUAACAUUCGUGAGGUGACACCUGGUCAUUACGAGGUGACCUUCACCCCAAGGGAGCAUUCCACUCACACCCUGGCACUGCUGUAUAAUGGAGAUACAAUACCUGGUUCACCUCACCAUGUUGAAAUCAUUGACGGAAGCCAGGUGUCCAUGACAGGGGAGGGUCUUAGAACAGCCCAGGUGUACAAGGAGUCUCACUUUGAGAUUGACCCUCAUGGCCCACCUGAUGAGGAGGUUGAAGCUGUGAUUACAGGUCCCUCUGGAGUUGAGGUUCCGUGUCGCAUCACUCGCCAUGGCAACCUGUACAGGGUAGAUUUCACUCCUCAUGACGUAGGCCCUCACAGUGUCCAGGCAUUUUAUGCAGGCAUGCCCGUGUCUGGCGGACCGGUGACCUGCAUGACCUUUGACCCUAGCCAAGUACGCAUCACUGAUGUUGAUAAGACAGGCCGUCUGGAAAGAGAGAUUGGAUUCAUUGUUGAUGCAUCAGCAGCUGGAGAAGGUGAAGUUGAGGCGACAGUCACUCAUUAUGGGCGAAUGGUGCGCACUUGGAGGGAAAAUGUUGGUGUCAGUCGUCAUCGCUACGUCUUUGUCCCAACUGAACCAGGGCCCUAUGACAUUGAUGUCCGUUUCAAUAAUGAACGCACCCCAGGAAGCCCUUUGCUGAUUCAGGUGGAGGAAGAAAAACCUACUACAAUUCGGAUCAAUUUCCAGGGGGCUGUCGCGCAUCAGGCGCAGAGAAAGAGUCAGUUCCUUCUGGAAAUGGACGGCGCCAAGGUCAACUUGGAUGACUUUGACAUCAUCAUCAGAGCGCCCAAUGGGGAGCAGAUUCCGGCUAGAAUCAUCCCACAGAGUGAUGGCGACUACAGAGUUGAAUGGACACCAACGAUUCCUGGGCGUUACACCAUUGACGUACUGUUUGGAGGACGUAAGAUUCAGGGGAGCCCGUUUUACGUGGACGUCUUUGACAUUUCCAGAAUUCGGGUGGAGAACAUCCGCUAUGGGAGUGUCAAUGAAAUGGCCAGUUUUGAUGUCGACUACAGCCACGCUGGAAAAGCCGAGCACACAGUGCGUGUGAUUGGUCCCUCAGGUCACCACGUGCAUUCUGAGGUACAGGAGACGCGUGACGGACAACACGUGCGAUUUGAGCCCCACGAGCCUGGCAGGUACAAGAUCUACAUAACGUACGGAGGGAUGGAUGUGCCAGGAUCCCCAUUCAUCAUAGAUGUGGACGAGGGCAGGAUGCCGACAGCCAAUGGGGACGGCUUGUACAGGGGUGAAGAAGACCGCCCAGCUACGUUCUAUGUGGAUGCCCGUGGUUUACGAGGAGAAUUAGGUGUUCAGGUGGAAGGACCCAAUUCAAUUGCCAAAUGUAACAUUGAGCCUGAGAGAGAUGGUGUGUAUGCUGUGACUUAUGUACCUGUGGAGGUGGGGAAAUACCGCGCUAUUGUCAAGUGGAAUGGAAAGGAAAUACCAGGGAGCCCAUUCCAUCCCAAGGUCGUUGAUGCUCGCAAGGUCAAGGUUGUAGGUGGCUGGCAACAUUUCAUGGACUCCAACGAUCGUGUUCACCUGCUGGUUGAUGAAGAAAAGAGAAUUCCCUUUGAUGUCUCUGAAGCUGGUCCAGGUAUUUUGAAAGCAGAGGUGCGAGGUCCAGGAGGUAAAAUCCCCUGUCAUGUUGAGGAGAACGGCAGCUUCAGGAGAACCAUCUGUUUUACUCCCAGAGAAGAAGGUGACCAUCACAUCUAUGCCUAUUGGUCGGAUCAUACUCUUGUCAACGCCCCUUUCCAUGGUUACGCAGUCAGCAGACGGAGGUCACCUGACCCAACUAAAGUCAUCCUCAGUGGGCGGGGCUUGAAAGAGGCUAUUGUCCACAGAGAGGCUGAGUUCCAGAUUGAUGGCUCAGAGGCAGGGCCAGGCCGUCCUGAGGUACAGUUGACAGGGCUUAAGAGGAACAUCCCUGUCCGAGUGUCAUCUCUAGGCGGCGGCCGGUACCGCUGCACCUACAUCCCGGAGACAGCAGGUGCAUAUCUGUUGCACAUCACCUGGAAUGACCGCCAGCUGCGAGGGUCACCGUUCAAGGUCAAUGUCAUCAACGCCCACUACCCGCAGAAGGUUGUCGUGUCCGGUGAGGGUCUGAAAGGCGGGGUUAUGGGACGCGAUAUCAACGUGAUAAUCGACACACGCAAGGCUGGCCCAGGCGAGUUGACUGCUCACUGCAUGGGCCCUCACCUGGUGGCUUACUGUGAGCUAGAGGACAUGAGGGACGGUACGUACAAACUGAACAUCCGACCCCAGGAGCCAGGAAGACACAUCUUACAGAUCAAAUACGGAGGAGAACACGUUCUAGGAAGUCCAUACGUGCUACGGGUGGGAGCACAACCAGAUGCUAGCAAAGUGCGUGUUUCUGGACCGGGUGUCGAACACGGCAUUUUGGCAAACUUUGAGAGCCGUUUCAUUGUGGAGACUCGGGGGGCGGGAGCUGGUCAGCUGACCGUGAGAAUUAGAGGACCUAAAGGUGCCUUCCAGGUAGAAAUGUUACGCGACAGUCAGAAAGACAGGACCAUCCUGUGUCGUUUUGAUCCAACAGAAACCGGACUGUACCAGAUCUUCGUGAAGUGGUCUGGCGUGGACGUUCCCGGCAGUCCGUUCCAGGUUUACAUUGUAGACUCCCAACACGAACUGAUGCGUGUCAUGCAGGGACAAAUUCCAGCCCACUAUCAGGGCAGCACCCUAAACCGCUCCGUCUACAACUCUGAGUACUCUUCAUGGAGGGAGGAUGAUAAUAUGAUGAGGAUGUGAGGACAGAUGACAGCCAUGUCAGAGGUUGCCAUGACGACAGAGUGAAUGUACUACAACAACAACAUGUUAUAUGAUCUGUGCAGAAGAAAUCAGUCAUCAUUUGCAAUGCUGUUAAUAUUUCCGAAAAUAAAAACAUCAGAAUAGUUUUUCCCCUUGAUUAGUUCCGAGAAAUGUCACAGUGGUGAACAGAAAAAUUGUGUAUGGUGCGUUUUUGCAAGUUUGAUUAUAUGCAAAAAAAUGAAGCAAUUAUCUGCAAUAAUUUUUUGCCGUGCCAUUUGCAUUUAUUUGCACACUGCACUCACCAUAACAACAGAACAUUGCAUUUAGUGAUUACAGCUUUGCAAAAUUGAAAAUCAUUUAUUGUGAUACAGACAACAGGGAUCCAUGCAUUGUUCAUAUAAACAUUCCCACCACUGCCAUUUUGUGCGAAGUUGUAGAAAAAGAAAAAUGAAAUCAUGGAUGCAAGACUUAGGAGUAAAUAUUUACAAAUAAAAAUUGCUCCAUAUGAUUGCUUACUGCCCAAUAUUACAGUAGAAGCCUACCUUGAAUUACCAAUAGCAGUUGUGUAUUAGAAUUACAGCUAGUUUAUUGUAAACGUCGUAAAAUCCAGAGGUGGUCCAAAUAGAAGCUUUUAGAUUUUCAUCUAAAAUACCAGUUAUUCCUUGCUUGACCAGGAAAAACUUUAGCUAGAAUCUCAUUUACAUGUACAUUUUACUCGGUUUUUAGAUAUUUUUGUAUUAUAUAUCAAUAGAUAAUGGAUCUCUUCUCUUUUUACUAUUGAAUUCAACAUCCCAAACAGUUGUAAAGGAAACACAACUGGGUAUCAAAGGGAGACAACUUGCCAGUUUCGUUUUCUUUGUCCAUAGUUGCUGGAUAUUUUAGUAAGGAUCUGAACUUGACCUUUGCACUCUGGUAAAUAGGGUAUGCUUUUUUUUCAGGUUUAGGGUACUGUAAAUGCUCUUGUAUGCCAUCUCUUGAUAAAUGUGUAUUCCUGUCCUGUUUAUUUGUUAACAAAUUGUCCUACACUGUCUAUUACCAUGUCAUAUAUUAUUUGCAACUGUAAUAUCAUAAUUAAUGCAUAAACUUAUUACUACAGUUGUACUUUAAUAGAACAAACUGUGUGUAAAAUAAACUCUCUGUUAUUGUAUACCUUCUCUUUUUAUGUAAAUUUGAUACGAGUCAUCUAUUGAUGCCAACUUUUAUAGCAUUUGCGUGAAGGAAUUGUGUUGUGAUUAUGAACAUUGAUGAUUUUAAUGGUACUGUUUGCUAGAGACAAACGUAUCUUACACUAUAUUAAUGCUAUGGAAUUUACAUUUUUUUUUUGUUGCAAGUUUUUCAUCUUAUACCUUUACAUGUACAUGUAUUACAUAUCUGCUGUAAAACACUAUUAUUUAUCAUUUUAUUAUGUUUAAACCAUUUUAAAAAUGUUUCAUAUUUCAGCAUAUCGUAAUAUUUUGAAUUAUUCGCUAUUAGUAAUUAGCAUAAAGGUGAUUGAUCAUACAUCCCCCUCCCUCCCUCCUCCUCCUCCUCCACCUACCACACUGAUUUAAAUUACCCAUUGUGAUAUUAACUUUAUAACAUAUACAAGUAA